AUGGAUGCCGGCUACGAACUCCAACGCAGUCUUGCUACCUCGCGCUAUGCAGAGGAUGCAAUUCCACUGGGGCAUGCGAGUGUGUGGGGGUCCUGGUUCUGCACGAAGACGCAAUCCUGGGGCUUCGCCUGCUGUCGCGCGACAGACAAGGAGGCGAAGCCAUGCAAGCCGGAAGCCGCCCUGGCCAUGUCGGAGCCAGAGGAGCCGCAACCUUCUCCAAGACGCGAGCCCAAGGCCUCCUCGGAGCCGGAGUGGUUGCCGAGGAGUUCCUUUGAGACCUCCGUGGGCUUCUUGACGCAUUCCUUGGAGCACUUCCUUUCUUGCUGGCGGCGUGGCCUGCAGGAACCGGCGAGUGCAAGCAGGCUCCAGGGCCUCGGCAGUGGCAGUUCGAACCUCACGUCGGAGAAGUCAGUAGCUGAGGCAGCACGUGCUGUGGAGGAGCUGUGCCGAAAGCUCGGCGCCCAGCGGCUGUCUGUGGACCUCCUGAGGAAGCUUGAGGAGAUGGUGGUCAGCAUCGGUGACCGGGAAUACGCCAAUGCCAACAAGAUUUACAUGGACCUGGUCAUUGGGACGAAGAAGUGGCUGAACGACAUGCCCUACAUGGCAGGGGUGGCUACGUACAAGAGAUGGGUAGUGCAGUGUGAGAGUGAGUACGACGACAAGUCGGGACGAGACAAGGUUUGGGACUGCAGUGCUGACUGGACGUGCACAGUCCUGAAGGGGAAAGGCGUGGAAGAGUUUGCCAAAGGGGUUUUCACAAUUGAAGAAUUGCGCAUGACUCCACAUCGCCCAAUCUCUUGGGUCGUACCGAGAAACAAGGGCGGGCACCACGGAGACCAUUCCACAACGCCUAUGAACAUGCUCCCCUUUCUCAUGGCAACCACCUCCAGCGCCGAAAAGUUUAACGGUGUCCGAGACAAGGUCGGCUGUGCUGACAUCUCCGAUGACACCCGACUACACAGCCAGGAGGCGGAAGGCACUAUCACCCUCAACUUCGAGCCCUUCCUGCCUAAUGAAGACGAGUUCCUCGAACCCGAGUUCGAAAUCUUGCAAGGAGCCUGGUAUCGCCGCGACGACAACCUACAGGUCGGCGAGUGUAUCGGCCGACGCCUCAUUUGGCAUGUUCACUGGAGGAUGCCGGAAACUCAGACCGAGCUGGAGAUCAUGGCCGCGGAUGGGACUACCCAAGGCACCACCACUAUCAAAAUCACGCUGGGCGACGCGAUCACUUUUGGGGAGGUCAACGGGGGCCCGCAACCGGCGAUCUUCUGGCAGGACGGCGAUGUCUGGCUGAAGAAGUGA